AUGCGCAUGAUAGGACUGGCUGGCGAUUCGACCAUGACAAGCGCGCGCCUUUGGAUGUCACAGUCGAGCACUGCAUAUAGGCCGCCGCAUAAUGGCCUCGUCCGCGGCCCGCCCUAUCCUCUAGGGUUCCAGCGCCGCAUCGCGAGAUGGAAGAGCGGGGAGAGGCUGAAGGACCGCGCGAUUUCAGAGGAGGCCGCGUGCAAGGAAUAG